AGGGGGUUUUGUGCGGCGCCCGGCGGCCCGGCGCCCUCUUCCGAGCGUCUUGCGGGCCCAGCCUCUCCUCGCGCCCGCGCAGUCCCCGCCGCAGUCUCGGCUGCAGCUGCAGGACCGAGCCGUGGACCCAGAGGAGACCCCCAGAGGAGGCGGCAAACUUCGCGGUGCCGCACCCGCACCCCGGUCCUCAGCUGCCUGUCGGUAGUCCCUCCCUCAUCCUGCAGCAUGGCCCCACUGUUCCUGCCCCUCCUGGCAGCCCUGGUUCUGGCCUGGAUCCCUUCGGCCUUGGCUGAUGCUCUGGAAGGAGACAGCUCAGAGGACAGGGCCUUCCGCGUGCGCAUCGCGGGCGACGCGCCGCUGCAGGGCGUGCUGGGCGGCGCCCUCACCAUCCCAUGCCACGUCCACUACCUGCGGCCGUCGCCGAGCCGCCGGGCCGCGCAGGGCUCCCCGCGGGUUAAGUGGACCUUCCUGUCCGGCGGCCGGGAGGCCGAGGUGCUAGUGGCGCGGGGCCUACGCGUCAAGGUGAGCGAGGCCUACCGGUUCCGCGUGGCACUGCCUGCCUACCCGGCGUCACUCACCGACGUCUCCCUGGUGCUGAGCGAGCUGCGGCCCAACGACUCAGGCAUUUACCGCUGCGAGGUCCAGCAUGGCAUCGACGACAGCAGCGACGCUGUGGAGGUCAAGGUCAAAGGGGUCGUCUUUCUCUACCGGGAGGGCUCUGCCCGCUACGCUUUCUCCUUCACUGGGGCCCAGGAGGCCUGUGCCCGCAUCGGAGCCCGAAUCGCCACUCCGGAGCAGCUCUACGCCGCCUACCUCGGGGGCUAUGAACAGUGUGACGCUGGCUGGCUGUCCGACCAGACCGUGAGGUAUCCCAUCCAGACGCCACGAGAGGCCUGUUAUGGAGACAUGGAUGGCUUCCCUGGGGUCCGGAACUACGGAGUGGUCGACCCGGAUGACCUCUAUGAUGUUUACUGUUAUGCUGAAGAACUAAAUGGAGAGCUGUUCCUGGGUGCCCCUCCAGACAAGCUGACCUUGGAGGAGGCACGGACAUACUGCCAGGAGCGGGGUGCUAAGAUUGCAACCACCGGCCAGCUGUAUGCAGCCUGGGAUGGUGGCCUGGACCGCUGCAGCCCUGGCUGGCUGGCUGAUGGCAGUGUGCGCUACCCCAUCGUCACUCCCAGCCAGCGCUGUGGUGGGGGCCUCCCUGGUGUCAAGACUCUCUUCCUCUUCCCCAACCAGACCGGCUUCCCCAACAAGCACAGCCGCUUCAACGUCUACUGCUUCCGAGACUCUGCCCAGCCUUCUGCCAUCCCUGAGGCAGCCAACCCAGGCUCUGACCCGGCCUCUGAUGCACUGGAAUCCAUUGUCACAGUGACUGAGACCCUGGAGGAACUGAAGCUGCCCCAGGAAGCUGUGGAAAGCGAGUCCCGAGGAGCCAUCUACUCCAUUCCCAUUAUAGAGGAUGGAGGUGGUGGAAGCUCCACUCCAGAAGACCCAGCGGAGGCCCCUAGAACCCUCCUAGAAUUCGAAACCCAAUCCAUUGUGCCUCCUCUGGAGUCCUCAGAAGAGGAAGGCAAGGUGUUGGAGCAAGAAGAGAAAUACAGGGGUGAAGAAGAGAAAGAAGAGGAAGAAGAAGAGGUGGAGGAUGAGGGCCUGUGGGCCUGGCCCAGUGAGCUCAGCAGCCUGGACCCAGAGGCCCCUCUCCCCACUGAGCCAGCUCCAGAGGAGUCACUCACCCAGGCAUCCCCUCCAGUGAGGGCUGCCCUCCAGCCUGGUGCAUCACCACCACCCUAUGACGACCCAGAGGCUCCCAGGCCUCCAAGGGUCCUUGGGCCACCCACCAAGACCCUGCCCACUCCCAGGGAAGGGAACCUGGCAUCCCCACCACCUUCCACUCCGGUUGGGGCAAGAGAGAGAGAGGAGGAGACUGGAGGUCCUGAGCUCUCUGGGGCCCCUCGAGGAGAGAGUGAGGAGACAGGAAGCUCCGAGGGUGCCCCUUCCCUGCUUCCAGCCACACGGGCCCCUGGGGAUACCAGGGAUCUGGAGAGCCCCUCUGAAGAGAAUUCCAGAAGAACUGUCCCAGCAGGGACUUCAGUGCGUGCCCAGCCGGUGCUGCCCACUGACAGUGCCAGCCGUGGUGGAGUGGCCGUGGCCCCCUCAUCAGGUGACUGUGUCCCCAGCCCCUGCCACAAUGGCGGGACGUGCUUGGAGGAGGAGGAGGGGGUCCGCUGCCUGUGUUUGCCUGGCUAUGGGGGGGACCUGUGCGAUGUUGGCCUCCACUUCUGCAGCCCCGGUUGGGACGCCUUCCAGGGCGCCUGCUACAAGCACUUCUCGACCCGAAGGAGCUGGGAGGAGGCGGAGAACAGGUGCCGGAUGUACGGCGCGCACCUCGCCAGCAUCGGCACGCCGGAGGAGCAGGACUUCAUCAACAAUAGAUACCGGGAGUACCAGUGGAUCGGGCUCAACGACAGGACCAUCGAAGGGGAUUUCCUGUGGUCAGAUGGUGUCCCCCUGGUGAGAGGUUCCGACCGCCCCUCACGUGGUCUAGGUUGUUUCUUCGAAGCACUUCUACCCUGUACCCCCAGUGACCCCCAUCUCUCCGUCUCCUUUUCCUGGCCCUGUACCUUUCCCUCUUCCUGUCCCUUCUUCUUGUGUCCCCUUCUCUUUUCUUCUCAUCUGGUUCCCAUUACCCCUACCCCCAAGCCCCCUGACAUUUUUUCCCUUUGGGGUCCCCUACUCCCCACCCCUCUAGCCUUCCCUCUGUUGUGCCCCUCCUCGACCCCCUUCUCCGCAAGUCCUCCAGGUCCGUUCCUCCCCGUGCUCCUGGUGCUGGAGCGCCUCACUACCUCCUGCAUCCUCCCCCCGCCCUCCCAGCUCUAUGAGAACUGGAACCCUGGGCAGCCAGACAGCUACUUCCUGUCCGGAGAGAACUGCGUGGUUAUGGUGUGGCACGAUCAGGGACAAUGGAGUGAUGUUCCCUGCAACUACCACCUGUCCUACACCUGCAAGAUGGGGCUGGUGUCCUGUGGGCCCCCACCAGAGCUGCCCCUGGCUCAGGUAUUUGGCCGCCCACGGCUGCGCUAUGAAGUCGACACAGUGCUUCGUUACCGGUGCCGGGAGGGACUGACCCAGCGCAACCUACCGCUGAUCCGCUGCCAGGAGAAUGGUCGCUGGGGGCCCCCCCAGAUCUCCUGUGUGCCCCACAGGCCUGCUCGAGCUCUGCGCCCAAUAGAGGCCCAAGAAGGACGUCAGAGGAGGCUCGUGGAGCACUGGAAGGCACGGUUGAACCCCUCUCCCAAUCCUGCUCCAGGCCCCUAAGGGGCAAGGCCCCUGGCACUGCCCUCUGCCACCAACCCUCCCUAGACCCGUGCUCUUCCGCCACAGGGAGUGACAGCAGGAGAGGGGUGCAGCUGAAGUCCACGUGGCAGUGCCUGGAGGGGCUUCUGGGAAAUACUGGGUUGGCCAAAAAUCCUUUUGGCUUUUUCUGUAAUAUCAAUAUCUGGGCAUCUCCAGUCCUGCCUUAGGCCUUCUCACUCCUAUUCUGGGCCUCAGAUUUUUCCCUCAGGGCCUUGAGUAGGUCUCUAAGUGCCUCAACUGCCCUCUCCUUGCCAGCCAUCCUGUCCCCUCCAUUCCCCUGGAGGCCACUGUUCCCACUCAUUCUCAGUUUCCCAAGAGAAUGGGUUUGCAGGAUGGGGUACCUGUAAAACAAGCAGAAAAUAAAGCUGCAUUUGAGCCCAA